CAUUUUUGAACGAUGGUUAAGAAGACACAGGCCCAUGCUAGAAGUUUACCCAGCAGCCAACGCACCCAUUGGGCACAAUCGAGAAAAUUACAUGGUCCCCUUUAUCCCCCUUUACAGAAAUGGAGAAUUUUUUAAACCCUCAAGAGAGCUGGGGUAUGACUAUGAGUAUCUGCAAGAACCAGCAAUUGAUUCUUUCCAGGAGUUUUUAAUACCCUACCUUGAGCAAGCCCGUGAGAUCUGGGCUUGGUUGGUUGGAGCAGCUGUGGUUGGAGGCAUCGUUACUGCUGUGCUCACUGGGCUCAUUCUGGCCUGCCGGAAGAAAAGAAGAGGAACUUCUUCAGAGAUACAACCCUUGCUCACAGAAAGUGAAGAUUACAACAAUAUAUCUUAUCAGUCCAAUUUCUAGAGGCCUCCAGUAACUCAGUGAUGUUACUAAGGUGCUAAUCAAGCAUGCAGUGUUCGAUUCAUGUUUACAAAUACCUUGUUGAGGUGUGCUGCAUAAGCAGGCUGGAGAGUCUUGCUCCUCAAGCCUCUUGUAACUUCCAGUGUUGUAGUAUCUUAUCAGAUGAACUCCUACAAAAAUCUCCCAGAUCCAACAUAAGUUACCACGCCACCUAAAGAACACCAUGUAUUUCCUAUGCUUGAUUAAAUAAUGCUCCUAUAAAA